GCGGCGCCACACCGCCCCCGAGUCCUGCAGGCCCGGGAAGGCGCAGCAUUGCGGCGUGCUGAGCUCCGACCCCGGCGGGCGCCAUGAGAGCAGACUCGUGGCCUCCGCUGGGGGACGGCCACCCGCGUCCUCCACGAGCUCUUCCACCUGUGCCACGUGGUGCUAUUCAAGAUGAUAUUCCACUUAGUCGUCCUAAGAAAAAGAAGUCCAGAACAAAAACCACACUGGAGAAUGCUUUGGAAGGGUCUGCAGAGCCUGUUGUUCACAGGCCAUCUGAGGGCAGUGAGACACCAACUGAAGAAUCCAAAGAGCAUGCAGAGGCUCCCAUGCAAAGGAGACAGAAAAAGGCAAGGCCGCCUCCAGAAUUGGAAACUUCCUUUACACAAAAGAAGACAUCUAGCCCAUCUUUACGAAAUGAAAAUGGUGUUGAUGUGGAGCCAGCUGAGGAAGCAGUUAUUCAAAAGCCUCGAAGGAAGACCAAGAAAACCCAGCCAGUUGAGUUACAGUAUGUCAAUGAGCUUGGAGUAGAAGAUGAAGACAUAAUUACUGAUGAGCAAAGCACUCCAGAACAACUGUCUAGAUUCACUGCACCCACUGGAAUUAGCCAGCCUGUAGGCAAAGUAUUUGUGGAAAAAAGCCGACGGUUUCAGGCUGCUGAUCGUUCACAGUUGGUAAAGACCACAGAAAACAUCACUGUGUCAAUGGACACGAAGCCUUCCUGGACCACCAGAGAUGUGGCAUUCUCAGUGCACCGAGCUUUCAGGAUGAUUGGCCUCUUUUCUCAUGGCUUCUUGGCUGGCUGUGCUGUGUGGAAUACUGUUGUGAUCUAUGUUCUAGCAGGAGGAGAUCAGCUGUCUGACCUACCCAACCUUUUGGAGCAAUACAAGACUUUUGCAUAUCCGUUCCAGAGUGUUCUCUACUUGCUUUUGUCUCUAAGUACAGUUUCAGUUUUUGACAGGAUUGACUUUGCUAAAACAUCAAUGGCAAUCCGAAAGUUUUUGGCCUUGGAUCCAACAGCUCUAGCAUCUUUCUUGUACUUUACUGCUCUUACACUGUCUCUGAGUCAACAAACAACAAGUGACAGAAUCCACCUUUACACAUCCCCUUCUGCUAACGGCAGCCUCUGGAAACCAGGAAAGGAGGAACAGAUUCUUCAGCCAUGGAUUGUGGUGAAUCUGGUGGUGGCCCUUCUGGUUGGAUUAUCUUGGCUUUUCUUGUCUUACAGGCCAAGCAUGGAUCUUAGUGAAGAGUUCUUAUUCUCUGACGUGGAAGAAUAUCCUGAAAAAGAUAAAGGAAUCAAAGCCCUUACAUAAUAUCAGCUCACCUUCAGAGGAAUGUUCCCAGUUUAGUUUCUCAAUGUAUUUUUAUAAGAUAUGUAAAUAUGUAUUUGUAGAUGACUUUUAAAUUAUAUAAUACUGAAAAGUUUUUCAAAAUUGUGGAAAUGUUUAAAUUGUUUCAUUUAUGCUCACAUAUUAGUUUCUUUAGCAUAAACUUAAUGAUAAAUGAAUUAAAAGCAGGUGAAAAUAUUUUAUUUCCUGUUCUCCUCAACUAGCUGUACUUACAAUCAUUUAAAAAAUCUUUAUUCAGAAAAAGCUAUAACUUUAGCAUUACAAAGUGCAUAUCAAGGGCUGGGAAGGUAGCUCAGUGGUAGAGUGCUUCCCUUGCAUGCAUGAGGCCCUG